AAGAUACAUUGAUCCCAGAUCUGCGUUUACCGGCAACCUCCGUGUGCUGGCGACCACGUGUCUGUGCGCUGACCAAUGGCAACGCUCCUAGCUAUAGCUGAACGAAGCCAUGUGAGGAUCUGUAAAAUGGCGGCGCAGUGGCGUGGAAAAGAUGAGCUUAUAAUCACCGGCAACACGGAAUUUCUGACCGCAAACACAUUCAAUGAGGCUGUCCUGGGUAAAGGGGAAGUCAGUGAUCUGGAAAUGGACACUCAUUCCUGCCUGGACCCUUCCAUCCUGGCUAUGUUUGAAGACUCCGCCGUAGCUGCAGAGACUAGGAGCAGACUGGAUGAGGAGAGUGAGUCCACGUUGUUGACAGCUCUAACAGAGAUCCUGGACAGUGUUGACGAUGAGACCCUGUCUCCCUUUGACACCCUGCCUGACACUGGGCUCUUCUCUGACCAGAGGCUACGGGACAACUCCCCGUUGAGGCGGCUUCUGAGUUUAACACGGCCUCCACCUGAUAAAGAAGCACUCUUCCGUUCCAUAAAGACCCCCUCUUCAUCUUCAUCCCCCUCUUCCUCUGUUGGAAAGGUUGAGACGGUCAUUCCAGACAGACCCUGGAAGACUAGGCUAACUCCCAGAGCCCAGGGCUCUUCCACAUCCACACAGAGGAGCGAUGGAGAGGAGGAGGAGGAGGAGCGCGGCAAGGUCCACAUUCACAGCCCGCCUCAGGGCUUCAAUCUGACCAAUCAGGACUCGGGAGAACUCUCCCUCGACCGAUCAGAAGUGAGAGCGCUGAACUCUGUAGAGAAGGACCAUGGCUACUCCUCUACAGUGUCCCUGGUGGACCUGGUGAAACUCAUGCACCCCUACUGCCUGAGGGUGUGCCUGGAUGAGGAGGGGAAGAACUGGGUCGGCACAUCCAGGCAGGAGGCCUCCUCCCUGGGGGAACGGAGCGCGGACCAGAGUGUACCCCUGGAGGGCGAGGUGUGGAGAUAUACGAAGCCUGGUUCGGAAGAGAGCGACGAGGAAAUUGAUGUGGACGGAUCAGAUGACGAGUGUCCCUCGGUAGGAGGAAUGAAAGAUGAGAAAGAGGGGGAUGGAGAACAGGGAAGUAAAGGUGAAGAAGUGAAGCAACUAAAAAGUCUACUUGUGAAGUGGGACGGGCCCAAAGAAGGCCAGAAGACCAAGAACAAAAAAAGAGUGAGCUUCGGACCUGUCCUGGUGACAUCCUACGAGCUACCGGCAGCAGACGAACCUGACUUAAACGUGCUCCCGGACUUGAGCGAGCUCACCAGCCAAAUCCCCAUUUUUGACUUCAACACCAAAACAAGAACCAUUUCCCUCACAACAACCUCUCCAGAGUCUUCAGCAGCAUCUUCAAAGGACAACCAGCAUCAGGUUGUAACUGACUUGUCUGAAAGGACUGAAGAUAAGUCGUCAUCGGAGCCUCCACCACAGCGAGGCGAGUCCAAGCCCAGACCGGCCCUCAGUCUCCAGCAGUACCGCCUGCUGCGCCAGCAAAGACUACCCCUGGUGGGGAAACCUGAGAAUUACACCACCAAAUGGCCCUCUCUACCUGAAACCCCCACAGAGUUGCCUCCUAUACCCUAUUUACAAGGACCUAAAUAUAACAUGUGGGGACCAACGACCACACAUCCUACACAUCAUUACAUAGGAAGUAAAACAGGGGGUGAUGUCAGUGGAUUCAAGCCUAUAUCUAAGACUAGGACGAAGAUUGUCUCUCCUGCUUGUCCCAGUAAACCUGGUAAAGGUAUUGGCAUCAAUGGAUCAAGGCCUGUAAGAAGUGGGACUAAGACUCCUCCUACCAGCUCAGCUUUAAAGCCCAAACACAACUCAAUGGAAGCUAAAUCUGCGAAUGAUGUUGGUGUAUUAAAGCCUAUUUGGACUGACACCAUCUCUCCUGCUAGUCCCUUACCAAGUCCCAACCUGAACUCCAGCUCAGUGGCGGGUCUGGGCCAGAACAGGACUAGCCCAGAAAAGAGUGCUGUUGCGGUCAGUAGCGACCCCCCAAACCCUGUCCUGGUCCCACUACCAGGAAGCCGUCCAUCUUUGGCUGGAUUUGAUAGGAGCCGUGGGACCAACCAGGAGAAGCAGGAGCAGGAACAAUCUCUACCUCUUUCCACCACCCAGGAGUCUCCGGCUCCCAAGCCCAAAAUGGUGUUCUGCAACCGGGAUCCAAGCCUGAAGAGCACCAGUCUCCUCCUUGAGAUCCAGCGGAGGUUCUCCACCAAACAACCAUCGCGGAAAUUACUUCACACCCAAAACACUGCAGAGACCACGAAACAAGGGGAUCAGCCUCGCUCUCUCAGCCCAAGGAAAGGGAUCGAGACGGUACCAGAAGGGUCCAAGUUUUCCCCAAGUGCACCAGUAAUGGCAAGUCCAUCGUCCAGCCCCUCAGUCCAUCCACCCACCCAUGCUGUUGCUCCUUACCCAGAGAUGGAGAGGGCAAAGCGGGUAGCCCUUGGUAACCUCCCCCAUGUCCAACUGUCCACCUCUCCAGAGAGUAACACCUGCAUACCGACCCCCACCUGCGGCACAGGAAUCCAAGCCACAGAUCUGACCAGCCUUCUGGAGCGGUUUGAGGAAACACAAGCCAAAGAGGAGACUGAGAGUGAACCUGAAGGCAGUCCAGAUAGGAGCCCUGUUAGAGAUGAAGAGCUGAGCAACACUGAAGGGAUGCGGACACUGCUGGGUGCCUAUCUCCUCAGCACCCAAGAUAAACUCUGUCUUCCAGCACCCACUGGCUUUCCAGAACUUGUCAACACACUCAAACCCCACAGAACUCCGGGACCCCUCAGAACUCCGGGACCCCUCAGAACUCCGGAGCCCCUCAGAACUCCGGGACCCCUCAGAACUCCGGAACCCCUCAGAACUCCGGAACCCCUCAGAACUCCGGAGCCCCUCAGAACUCCGGAGCCCCUCAGAACUCCGGAGCCCCUCAGAACUCCGGAGCCCCUCAGAACUCCGGAGCCCCUCAGAACUCCGGAGACCCUCAGAACUCCGGGACCCCUCAGAACUCUGGAACGUUGCGAUACUCAGGAACCUCUCAGCACCCAGAAUGUUCUCAGCACUCAGGAACAGGUCCCUGCACAGCCGCGCUGGAAACCUCUUACCCCUGUCGCACCUCAGAGGAAGCAACCGGCGACCCCCAAACCUCUCCCUCACAAGGCCAUCCAAAUCAUCGACCCCCGUCCUCUACCACCCAAAAAGGCCCACCCUCUCCCCCCAAAGCCCCCUGUCACCCCCCCUGAGUUCCAGACACCAGUAUCUGUCUCCUCGGACCACGACUACUGCCUAUCUCAGGAUCAACCAGGGAGUAAUACUACUAUGUUAUGCAGCAAAAGACAAACCAUACUCCCCGACCACCAACCAAUUCCCAACCCCUCCUCAGUGCCCGGCACACAGAACUCUGGGAAAUAUUUGCGCCAGCAGCAGCCAGUGGACUCCAGGUCUGUUCCAGAGACACAACUUCCCUCAGACUCUGCUCCGCCAUCUACAGAGAGCUCCCCCUCUAGGACGGACGCCAUUACUGCAGGGGAGACACAGGAAGAGAGAACCAGCCCCUGCAUCCCCUCCCCUCCUUCACCCAGUCCCCCUGCCAGAGGUAGGAGGUCGUCCCGGCGCUAUCGGACAAGGUCUUCAUGCUCGGACUCUAGCUCUAGGUCCCCUUCUUCAUCGUCAUCUUCCUCAUCCUCGUCCUCCUCCUCUCGAUCCAGGUCUCGCUCUCCACCCCGAAAGAGGUUCUGUCCCAGGCGUUCUGAAAGCAGCUCCUCCUCCUCGUCCUCUUGCUCCAGCUCCGUCUCCCGUUCCCCAGUUCCCUGUCGGUACCGCCUCCCCUACCCACAGUCCUGGAACCGCUCUCGGUCCACAUCAAAGUCCUGGACUCAGUCUGGUUCCAGAUCUCGGUCCAGAUCCCCCACCACACUGGCCUACAGCAGGGCCCAGAGGUGGAGGGACUGCUACAGCUCCAACAACAUCAGGGACUCCAGGAAACGAAAGAGACAACAAGAUAUGAGGAAUCAAAAACUAAAAGCCAUAGACGAGCGCAGGGUGGUGUACGUGGGCCGCAUCCAGAGGACCAUGAUGCACGCGGAGCUGAGAGAACGCUUCUCUCUGUUUGGAGAGGUGGAGGAAUGCACCCUGCACUUUAGAGACAGGGGCGACCACUACGGCUUUGUGACGUUCUACAACAUGAAAGAUGCGUUCGCAGCCAUCGAGAACGGUUACAAGCUGAGGAGACCUGACGAGCUGCCCUUUGACCUCUGCUUCGGGGGCAGGCGUCAGUUCUGCAAAUCUACGUACGCCGACCUAGAUUGUAAUCGGGAAGAGGAGGAACCCACUCCAGCGAAAAGGGAAGAGGAGGAGCUGGACUUUGACACUCUAUUGAAGCAGGCACAGAAAGGCUUGAAGCGGUAGCAGAGUCCUGGAGGAAGAGAGGGAGCCAAGAAAGGAAUGAUGGAGACAAGGUCCCAAAUGUCACCCUAUUCCCUAUAGAGGGUACUAACCUUAGGGUUCUGGUCCCAAAGCAGUGCCCUCUAUAGAAGGGAACAGGGGUGUUAUUUGGAACUGAGCCAACAAGUUAGCAAGACUUACCUCAGAGCUAUACACAUACUUUAACAUGUUUAAAUAUUGUUUUAACUUGUAUUGGUUCACUGUUAUCAACUCAUUUGAUUUACUGUGAAAGCACAACUUUGUUGAUGCAGUAAAAAUAUUUUUAAAGGAAAAAGAAUCAUAGGAAAAUGAUUAUAAUAUUGUAAAGUAGUUUUUUAUGAAGGCUCUUUAAAUAUCUUUGUCUGCACUAAUAUUGCACUUGCACGCUUUGCUUUACUCUUGUCUGUUACAAUGUUUAACAAGUUGAGAUUCCCUUAGUCAUUUUAUUCCCAAUUAUAAACAUGUUCUUUAUGAAUGAAUAAAGACUAUUAUUGUGUCACCCUGAA